AUGCCCUUUGCCAUUGUCACCGGCGCCUCGCGAGGUAUAGGCCGCGCCAUUGCACUGCAGCUCGCACAGGAUGGCUAUGAUUUGACUAUCAACGACAUUGAACGACAAGUGAGUCAUCUUGACAAUGUCAAAGAGGAAGUCGAAGCCAAAGGCCGCAAAUGCAAAGCUGUUAUUGCCGAUGUGAGCAUUGAAGAUGACGUUGUCUCCCUCGUCAAGGCCGCCGUCGAUACCUAUGGCGAACUCAACGUCAUGGUUGCCAACGCCGGAAUCGUCAAAUGCACACGCCUCCUCGAGACUAGCGUCGCGGACCUCGACCAGAUCUACAGCGUCAAUGUUCGCGGCGUCUUCCUCUGCUACCGAGAAGCCGCUCGUCAGAUGAUUGCGCAGGGCCGCGGCGGCAAGAUCGUCGGCGCCGCCUCCAUUGCUGCGUUCAAGCCCAGUGGCAACACUCUGCCGUAUACGGCCACCAAAUGGGCGGUCCGGGGCCUGACGCAGGCCACUGCAUUGGACCUCGCUGAGUAUGGCAUCAAUGUCAACGCAUAUUGCCCCGGGCCCGUCGAUACAGAUAUGUGGGGCGCCAUUGAUGAAAGUAUUCGCGCGCGGCCGGACGGUCAGGGAUUGAAGGCGGGCGAAGCAUUCGGGAAGAGCGUGGCGGCGAGAAGUGCGCUGAAGCGCGCGAGCGAGCCGGCAGAUAUUGCGAAUCUGGUUAGCUUCUUGGUGAGUGACAAGGCAAGGAAUAUCACAGGCCAGAGCAUGAUUUGCGAUGGAGGCAUCCAAUUUUCGUAA